AUGGGACCAGGUAAUGACACAAGUAGUUCAGAAUUUCUUCUUCUUGGAUUAUCAGAAGAACCAGCACUGCAGCCCCUCAUAUUUGGGCUUUUCCUCUCCAUGUACCUGAUCACUGUGUUGGGAAACCUGCUCAUCAUCCUGGCCGUCAGCUCAGACUCCCACCUCCACACACCCAUGUACUUCUUCCUCUCCAACCUGUCCUUGGUAGACAUCUGUUUCACCUCCACCACUGUCCCAAAGAUGCUGGCGAACAUCCAGACACAGAGAAAAGUCAUCACCUAUGAAGGCUGCAUCACACAGAUGUAUUUUCUCACACUCUUUGGAGGUUGGGACAACUUCCUUCUACCUGUGAUGGCCUAUGACAGGUAUGUGGCCAUCUGCCACCCACUGCACUACACAAUCAUCAUGAACCCCCGGCUCUGUGGACUGCUGGUUCUGGUGUCCUGGAUCAUUAGUGUUUUGAAUUCCUUGUUACAUAGCUUAAUGAUAUCAAGACUGUCCUUCCCUGAGGAAUUGGAAAUUCCCCACUUUUUCUGUGAAAUUAAGCAGAUGAUCAAACUUGCCUGUUCUGACACCUUUUUUAAUGACGCAAUGAUGUAUUUUACAACUGGGCUGUUGGCUGGUGGUCCCCUGGCUGGGAUCCUUUACUCUUACUCUAAAAUAGUGUCCUCCAUAUGUAGAAUGUCAUCAGUUCAGGGGAAGUAUAAAGCAUUUUCUACCUGUGCCUCUCACCUCUCAGUAGUCUCCUUAUUUUAUUGUACAGUCCUAGGAGUGUAUCUCAGCUCUGCUCCUACCCGCACCUCACAGUCAAGUGCAAUCACCUCAGUGAUGUACACCGUGGUCACACCUAUGCUGAACCCGUUCAUCUACAGUCUCAGGAACAAAGACAUAAAGAUGGCUCUGAAUAACUUCUUGGGGAUGGCAGGUAUAAAAGGGACAAUUGUUUUGGGGCUGAAAAAGUGCCCUUGA